GGGGAGGCGUGUCUUUAACAGUAGAAUACGUGCGCGGGACUCGAGACGCUGUCCGCGGCCCAGCCUGCGUGGUUGCUAGGGAGCUGUGGAGUGGAGUGGAGUGGAGCGGCGCGGAGCGGCGCGGCAGGAAGAGUUUUCUGUGGGACUGUGAAAGUACGAGAAUUUUUCAUUACAUCCAAGUUUACACGUCAUUAAGCUGCUCCCUUUAUUUUAUGCUGGAUGUAUCUCAUGAAGCUGGUGAGGUUUGAGAUGGCCACUAAUGGCCUCUAAUGGAGUUGAAGACGUGACACUGGAGUCCGAUGGCACUGUCAGAGUAGAUUCUCCCGUGGCUAAACCUCCCAGAUGUUUCGCCCCGAGCACACUGCAGAGGAGAUUUAAGUACUUGGCUCCACCUCGGGGGCCCAUACAAUGUGGUCCUGGGACUCGGAAUAAUGUGAGGGAUUUUCAGGACCGGAUCAAUUUUUUCUCAGGGAUUCCUCCACAGCGUGCCUACCUUUCAGUCAGCACCACAGCAAACGGUGCCAGCACCUCAGAAGUUGCGACCAGGAUUGCCCUCCAUUCCAGUGUCUCUUUGCCUUUCGAUAGUCCCUGCGUUCUCGAACAGACUAUCCACAGCUACAGGCCUAACUGGCGACUCGAAUCCUUCAAGUUUAAGUCUGGAAUUUUGGGGAAGAGAGCCUUCUCCUCGCCCCAACCAGCAGUUCCUCCAGUCAAUCCCGUUUCCCCUCAUUGCCCAACCCCCCCUAAGGCAAAUUCACUUGAACCCUUGAACAGAACUGAAACUGACAUGCCAUUUACUCCGCGACCUUCUCAGACUAACAAGCCUGCAAUAAACACAAAUACAUUUAUGAGACCCACCAGUGCAAAAGUGCCUUCCUACCACAAACUCGAUUCUAAUGCUAUACAGACAUAUUUGACUGCCUUUCAUUAUUAUGGGGAUAAAGGAGACAGUAAAAUUGAAAACCGAGCCACAAAGUUUAAUGGCCCUAUGCCGUUUCUCAUUCACACCAACUCGCUGAAAACUAGCCCUUCUACUAUGAGUCAAGAAAAAAGAAAGGAUAUGAUCUUGGAGGAAAUCUCCUGGCAAGCCCACACUUCUGAAGGCUGUGCAACACCUCUGAGGGCUGAGAGAAUGGCCUGCAAGUCUGAGGGCAGUAUCAGUCACAGCUUGGAGAAGGCUGGAAAUGUCAACUCUGAGAUCAUGUUGACAGAGGCUGUGAGAAGAAUGUCUGGGAACAGCUCAGCGAAUAACAUAAUGUGGAAUGGGCUGUGCAGGCAGCUGCAAGGGCAUGAGGGGCACUCUGAGGAUGCUCAAUUGUCACACAGUAAUGAGAGAAAGGCAACGGAGUCCCCUCAGGGAGAAUCCAUCCCACAGUCGCCAGCCAAAACCUGCAAUUCUUGCCUUAUCAGUGGCGACUCUGAUGGCAACCGUAUGCAGAUGCAAGCAGUGGAGAGUUUGAGCAUCAUUAAUGCACACAUUUUCAGUAACCUUUCUGGUGCUGUGGUGACCAAAGGGAAUGUGGAUGCCAUGCAACAGAGGAGAGAGCCCCAGAAAACAAAUUCUUCCCAAAUGGCAUCCGUUUCGUUAGUGACCACACAGAUCUCUGCAAUACAGUUAAACAAGGAAACCAAGUCGCAUAAGAGCGAAGAUGAGCGAGUUGACAUGGAGAUGAAAGAGUUUGGAGCUGACAAUGAUGAAAUGCAACAUUACCUUGAUGAAGACGGAGAUGAGGAGGAGCUUCCAGAUGCAUUGGAGGAUGAAGACAAUAGCCAGGAUGAUGAUGAGUCAGAUUGCUCUUCUGUGAAUGAGGAGUCCUCAACUUCAUCUGUGGUUGUUUAUAGGAGCUGCAUGGAAGAUUCCUCCCAGGCUUGCUUGAACGACAGCAGGGUUUUGAAGCCUGCAUUGGUACCAAGUUUAUUCUCCAUGAAGCCUCCUACAAUCUACUUUAGCACUCCUGAUGAAAAAGUGGCGUUGCUGCCGUUGAAACAGAGAAAGCUGCUAAGAUGGAAGAUGAGCUCAGUGACUCCUAAUGUGGUGAGGCACACCAUAGCACGUUCUCACUUUAAAGUCACACAAAGAAACCAUGACUGGCUGGGCUGCUGGGGACACCACAUGAAAUCACCAGGAUUUAAGGCCAUCAGGGAAUAUCAGAAGCUGAAUCACUUCCCAGGCUCCUUCCAGAUUGGACGGAAAGAUCGUCUAUGGCGUAACCUCUCCAAAAUGCAGGCUCGCUUUGGGAAAAGGGAGUUUAAUUUCUUCCCACAGUCAUAUGUGCUGCCACAAGACAUAAAGCUGCUGAAGAAGUCCUGGGAAGAAGCUGGAAGCAAACAGAAAUGGAUUGUAAAACCGCCAGCAUCAGCCAGAGGGAUCGGGAUCCAGGUUAUUCACAAGUGGAACCAGCUGCCAAGGAGGAGACCUCUUCUCGUGCAAAAAUAUCUUAAUAAACCCUACCUCAUCAAUGGAUGCAAAUUUGACCUCAGGAUAUAUGUUUACGUCACAUCUUACGAUCCUCUGCGAAUCUACAUGUUUACAGAUGGCUUGGUCCGUUUUGCCAGUUGCAAGUACUCCACUUCAAUGAGAAGCCUGAGCAACAAGUUUAUGCACUUAACCAACUACAGUGUGAAUAAGAAGAAUUCAGAAUACAAACCAAACAGUGAUGAGAAAGCCUGUCAGGGUCAUAAAUGGGCUUUGAAAGCACUGUGGAAUUAUCUCAGCCAAAAGGGAGUCAGCACAAAUGCGAUAUGGGAGAAAAUAAAGGACAUUGUGAUUAAAACCAUCAUUGCGUCAGACCCAUACGUCAACAGCCUGAUGAAGAUGCAUGUGCGCCGCCCCUACUGCUGCCACGAACUCUUUGGGUUUGACAUCAUGUUGGAUGAAAAUCUUAAACCUUGGAUCCUGGAGGUCAACAUCUCACCCAGCCUCCACUCCAAUUCUGCUUUGGAUGUUGCCAUUAAGGGACAGAUGAUCAGGGACCUCUUGAACCUGGCAGGGUUCAUUCUGCCUCUCAAAGGAGACGUGACUGGCAGCCGUGUCAUCAGCUCAACAAGCAGUAUGUCUGCACAUAUGAAAGAGAGGACAAGAUACACUGCAGAGCUUUCCUCAGAUGAGAAGGUGAAACGGGCUUACUUCUUGAGUCAAAGGUUUGCAGAGCAGGAGUUCUAUUCCAGUAUUCUUGAAGUUUUGACUCUGGAGGAUGUUCGGGUUUUAUCAGAGACAGAAGAUGAGUUUUGCCGGCGAGGAGAGUUUGAGCGAGUGUAUCCUUCCUUUAGCUCCUCGCGCUAUCUCCGAUUCUUUGAGCAGCCACGAUAUCUGAAUAUUCUUUUGAACCAGUGGGAGCAGAAAUACUAUCCUAACAAAGUGAGAGGUAUCGAACUGCUUAGGAAUCUUUGUCAGAAAGGAGUCCACCUCGGAACCACGUCUGACCCUGCGCAUGUAUGGUCAAAAUCUCAUUCUAUCCAGAAGCCUGAUGCUCCAGUAAAUGGAAUUGUCAAACAGGAGAGCGUUCGAGUUAGUACAUCUGUUCAAAGGAAAAAAUGUGACGAGCUGACGAGGGACUUUGAGCAAAUAUCGUCCAGUCAGAGCCUUCCAACAAUUGGAGACUUGGGGACCAAGGAUUACUUACUUUUACCACCAACUCCCAACAGCCUCCGUGACAUUACCCAGGCCUUGUAACACAGCUGGUGUUCUCCCUCUCCCACAAGCAGCACACACACCAGACCGGCUGCAUGUGGGAAAUGGCAUGGGCAUCAUAUAAGCAAGCUGACCCGUUUACUAUUAGAAUAUUAGUAAGUCUGGAUUGGAAUAAUCAGUUAGGUCUUACUUUAAAAUGGCCCAAGAGAAUUCAACACAGAAAAGCCUAUUGUUAAGACCAAACCUUGCUUGGCAUUUAAAUUUCAAUUCUUAACCAGUGUGAUAACUGUUCAGUUGGUGUCUGUAACACAAAGUAUGCUGAAAAUCAUCUAAAUGAAUGCACUUCUGGGCGUACAGCUGUCUUAAAUAAUUCACCUGGAAAAUAUAUUGAGUUCUCUUAUGUAUAUUAUGUAUGUUGCCAUAUACCAACACAAAGGUACAAGUGUGUAAUGAGUCUAUUUAAAGCAUGUGAAUGUGACUUGGUUCCUGACCUAGGAGAACUGGAUAAGCUACUGUGCUGCUACAUGAUCCUGAACCAAGUCUCACUGCUUUUAAUGAAAGAAGUACCGAAAAUGACUUUACUCAUGAAUCAAAGUAAACUUACAGUUUGUUAUUCUCUUGCAGUGGUAAAAUAUAGGUUACAUUUAUUUUGAUAUCUUUUAAACAUUUGCAUAUUUAAAUAGUGCCUGCAAAAUUGCAAAUUUCUGCCUUUUCUUAAAUCACUUCUCUUUUUUUUUUUUUUUUUUUUUUGUAACAGACUUGCACAAAUCCAUGUCUGUAUGUAGGUUUAUACACAAGGAUUUCAGUAGAACUUGAAUUUACUGGCCAACAAAAACUAUUACUUGAAUGUCAAGAAGUCACCCCUAACUGUACACCUUGUUAAUAUUGGAAUUGAAAGAGGCAUUAUUUGACCUCCACUAGCUGGACAGAUGAAUAAAUGCAAAACUGAGUGUAGGACAAUGUUCCAGUAAGUCAUUUUGGUAGGGAUCUGUAUGUGAUCACGUUGUUGUUUUUUUAUAUAAUAACUCCUAUACACGUAAAAAUCAAAUCUCAAUUACAUAUGUGAGGUUCUACGUAAGAAUUCUGAACUUGUCGGAAUUUAAGCCAACACAAUAUCAGAUGGACAGCACCACCAUACACCCCAUCAGGAAACAAAGGGACACAAUACGGAAUCAACAUUUUUUUCCAUUAUUUUUUUUUUGUAAGUGUCUAUAUAUUGCAGUUUUUUGUUUAUUUCAUAUAUUGCAUUUAUAUACCGCUUUAUACAAAAGUAUCGCAAAGCACUGUACAGUACAUAGCAGAAAAAAAGAACCACAAUACAUUUGUAUAGCAUGUCACACAUACAACUGCCACAGUCAGACCAUUUAAAUAACAGUAUACACAUAACAAUACAAACGCAGCAGUUUUAAAGUUACAUUAAAACCCACUAAGAUAAGAAAGCCAUUUUAUAAAGUUCGUUUUAGUCUUGACUUGAAAACUAUAACGGUCCCAGCUUCCCUGACAAAUGAAGGCAGAGCAUUCCAUAAUUUAGGAGCUCUACAAGAAAAAACCUUACCUUCCAUGUUGCUUUUGUUAACCCUAGGAAUAACCAGCAGCCCUGCAUCCUGUGAUCUCAGAGUGCGGUUUGGAAGAUACGGGGUCAGUAAUUCCUACAAAUAACAAGGUGCUAAGUUAACAGCAAAAUCUUAAAAUCAAUCCUACACUGAACAGGGAGCCAGUGUAGAGAGGCCAAAACUUAAUAUGUUCACUUUUCCUGGUUUUAGUCAGAAUUCUAGCAGCGGUAUUCUGAACAAGUUGCAAGCGGGAUACCACACGUUUUGGGACGCCAGAAAAAAGUGCAUUACAAUAAUUAGGAGGCUGUGUGGUCCAGUGGUUAAAGAAAAGGGCUUGUAACCUGGAGGUGCCCAGUUCAAAUCCCACCUCAGCCACUGACUCACUGACCCUGAGCAAGUCACUUAACCUCCUUGUGCUCCGUCUUUCGGAUUAGACGGAAUUGUAAGUGACUCUGCAGCUGAUACAUAGUUCACACACCCUAGUUUCUGUAAGUUGCCUUGGAUAAAGGCAUCUGCUAAAUAAACAAAUAAUAAUAAUAAUUAAUUCUAGAUUAAACAGAGGCAUACAUUAGUCUCUGCAUCAGGUAUGGAUAUAAUUGGUCUAAGUUUGGCUAUAUUUCUCAAAUGGUAAAAAGAUACUUUACUAAACUUCAUGAAUAUAGUAUCAAAUGAUAGAUCAGGAUCAAAGAUGAGAGGCUGCAAGGGUCAAACUCAUGUAAUCCUACAUUUCCUUUUAUUUGGGUCUGUGAACCCACUAGCAUAACCUCUGUUUUAUCUGAAUUCAACAUUAGAAAAUUCUGUGACAUCCAAUGCUUGAUGUCUGUAAGGCAAGUAGCUAAUAACACCCAGGCAGAAGAAAUAUAGCUGGGUAUCAUCAGCAUAGCAAUGGAAGUUCACUCCGUGUCUGCGGAUAAUGUCACCUAACGGUAGCUUAUAUAAUGAAAACAACAAGGGACCUGGAAUGGAGCCCUGUGGAACACCACAGACAACUUCCGAUAAUGACGAUUUUUCCUCCCCAAUAGAGACAAACUGAAACCUAUUAGAAAGAUAAGAUUUGAACAAAGUAGUCCCACUGUGCUUUCCAGACGAUUCAGGAGGGUGGAGUGCUCUACAGUAUCAAAGGCAGCACUUGGAUCAAGAAUUAAUACUGAUGGAAAGCUCGAGUCAGACUUUCCUGGCUUCAGGUCUCGUAAAAAUAUGUAUACUUUGUAGGGAUGGAAGCCUAGCUUCAUAUGCAGAAAUCUACAUUCUUGAAUAUGUUUAAUAACUUAAUACGAGUACAGAACAUUAACUUUGGAAAUGUUACAUAUGUUACAGUAUAUUUAGCUUUUUAUCAGGGUCUGAAUUUUCAUGAUGGUACCUCCUAUAUAAAAAUAAAAAUACUUCACAGUCUUAAUGCUCCAGUGUGGAAAUGGUCAAGGUAAAGUUUCAGUAUAAUGUCGUUAGGCUCCGAGUUACAGUUUGGCCUUCCAACGUGUCAUUAAGGCUAUUCAAAUGCAGGAUUAUUCACAUGGUGGAAGCAUAACGAUUCUUUAGCACCAGUCUGAGCUCACACCUACAGGUAUAGGAAGUGCUGAGCUUAUGAUCAGGGACUCGAAGUGAAGUAGGUCAUCUCAUUAAUUAAUGCUAUUCUUUUGUAAACUAAAUUAUACCUCGAGUGACAAAGGAAAUAUGUAAGUGUUUAUUUGAAAAAAAGGGGAUUGUAACAAUGGAAUUUCAGUGCCUUAUGAAUGAAUUGCAAAAGAACAAACAACUGGGUGCUUUAAAUGUAUUUAACCAUUUAGUAUAUUUAUUAAAGAUGGACUCAGGUCCUUAUUUAAGUUUACUUUAUGAAGCAGGUGCUUUGAUCCAGAAUGAUCCACGCUGGAAACAAGCAAGCAGUUCAGAUUUACUGUGUAUUUGCUUUUGCUCUCUAUCACUUCAAGUAAGCCUGAAGUCCUUUAUGCUUAAGGUUGUAAAUGACUUAAAAAUGUAUUCAUGUGUAAAGAUAUCACUAAAAAUACUGCUAGUUCACAGCAAACCGUGUUUAAUGAAAUGGCAUGUAAAUUGCUACUAAACAUGUGAAAAUGUACUUUUUUUUGGAAUGCUGCUUUGAAGAUACACUGAAAAAUAACUUGAGUUGCUGCAUUUACAGGACCUGCUUGUAGUCAGAUCAGAUCUGACAUACAUUUCCCAUGCUGAAACUGGAUUGACAGUUAUAUAGGCAAUAAUCUUAAUGUUUUGAAACGCAUUGUAGAUUGAGACCCCUCUCUGUGAUGAGGGGUCUCAAUCACAAAGGCAAUCAAUUAUGAAAUUUCACACCCUAGAUUUAGAAGAAUUGUAACGGUCUUCAUUUUCUGAUACAUUUCUAGCAAAAAAUGGUUGACCUCCGCCUAUACUUUUUUGGGAUUAAUCUUUCCAUUUGAUUCCUGCAGGCUAUUCAUAUUAAGAGAGCUCUGGGAUAUUACUAAGAAUGCACAGCUGUUUGUGAAUAGGACUUGCAUGCUGUUAUUUACAAUGGACAUGUUUUCACUGUAUAGGCCUAAUGAAUGCUUUUGUAAUACAUAUGUUAUAUUUAUAUUAAAAAAAAAAAAAAAAAAAAAAAAA